UUUAGGCUUAGGGUUUAAAUCCCUACUGUAAAUCGGCACUAAGAGUUUCAAAUUUAAGGACUUAAAGUACAAAGAAGAGAACUGGGAUAUAGUUACGAGUAAAUAGGAAAUGACGAAAGUACAACAAUAUUUAAAUCUAAUUGUGAGAUAUUCAAACUUAAAAUUUUAGAAACGCGUCUCUUAGGGUUUUCAGCGUAUAUGAAAAUUCUAAGAAAAAAUUUCUAAUUAUAAAACACGAAUUUCGCACUGACAGAACAUUAUCCUUUCGCAAUGCAAACCGUGCAGAGAACUAAUCAGCAUUGCGAAAACGAGAAGAGAGAAAAAAAUAGUAAAUCUGUCAUGCGCUUUUCCGAGAGAGCGGAAUAUCGAAUUUCGCGCGGAUUUUCGCCAACAAUACUCGACAUAUGUUUCAACAAUAUAGCGCACCUCGCCGUCUUUCCCACCUACAUUCGUUUCCAAUCUCGCGCGCGUGUGGUGUAACAGCUGGUUCAGGCGUUCCGGGCGCUUUUUCCUCCCUUUUACAUCCAUGGCGCGGAAGCGAUGAGCGGUCGCGACCAGCGUCGACGCCGGGCCAACACCUGGUGGAGGAACGCCGUCGUUCCCGUCGUGUCGCGCGGAGUUAAACGCUGGUCUCCGAACACCCAUAUCAAUUAGAUGACGGCGCGGCGCCGUGGGCUGGCAGGUCAUGGGGGCCUGUCUCGGCCGCUGUUUAACGAAAGUCACAGAUUCCGUGCCAUACAGGUUCUAUCAAAGGCAUACCAGAAUGUCUUUCCAAGAAGAAGAACAAGUUGAGUUCGUGGACGUCGAAGGGCACGAAGACCAAGCUAAAGGAUCAAAAAGUCUCUUAUCGUUCCUCUCUUUAAAAAGAUUCAAGAAAAAACAUGGAGUGCCGGUGACUCUGGAAUUGUUGGAGGACGGAAGGUGGUCGAGAGGUGGCAACAAGUACGCCAGACUGAGUUCCAGGAAUGACGGUUCUACGAGUUCUGGCUUGGAUGUGUCGCUUCAAGUACUUGACGCAAGGACACUGAUGAAACAACAGGCUUACAUCUCGUCCACUCCGGGAUCAUCGCUGGACCUCGAGUGGGAACACGAGGGUAAUCCAUUACGUUUCAUUUAUCAUUUUUACAAAUCUGACGAUACACAGGCGAAUUGUACCCGCGCAGGGAUGCCGUUACCAGCCGUGGAAGACGAAAGGGGAGACACGGAGUAUUCUCUGACGCAGACGUCGGCUAAUAAUAGCCAACCCUCUAGCCUGACGGCAUCUCCCUGGUCCAGAGUUUCGAGUCCAAACAGCUUAGAAUGGGACCCGGUGGAACCGGAUAUGGUAUGUGUCGAUAUGGAGACUGAGCAACUUUUAACCGAGAUAGAGAGAUUAACGGACAAAGCUCUGAAAGAGACAGGUGAAUGGACUAACGUUGAUACUAGCUGAUAAACGAUCCAAUUGCCACUAACGGGAUAUAUUGUUUGUAUUUUUGUAUUAUAAACAUUCAUGAUGGAGUUAAAACACACACACGCAGAUACUCUAUACUUGCAAAGAGAUUACAUUAUUUCGAUAUUACUAUUCUUGAAACAAUAUAACGUUUAUAUCGUUUCAAAAAUGUGUACUGUACAACUUAGGAUAUGUUACCUAUACAGAGGUCUGACGCGAUUAUCUACAUAUUGUGUAGAGUAUCUUACAAUCUGUAGCACAAAAAGGAAUUACGUCAAAUCGAAACGAAGAAAAAUUAUUUACAGUAGAUGCAUGUGUACAACAAUUGUAUACGCAAGUAAAAGGUAUAGUUUCUUGUUUCCAAUUUUUACCUAAAGUAUUUGCUUGCUUAAGGGAAAUUGAACUUGAGCCAGCGGCACACGAUGCUAUUUUUUUUCUACUGGAUUGUUUACGAGAACCAAUAAGGAUGCAGAGUUU